AUGGUAGCGCGAAUCCUGUGGAACAUUGACGUGUCCGUGCUACAGAGAGCCACGCACCCAACGAAACACUCGCUGAAUGACGCACGCGUGGGUCUGCUGGACCUCGGGCUCGCGCCGCACAUCAACAACGCGGCGGUUGCGGCGAACAUGGAACUUGCUCAAUGGCAUGCAGCAUGUAGGUUGCUGCAAACCGGAUUCACACACAAGUGGAGUGUGUUAGCAGGGUCCAACAUGAUCUGGUACCGUCGGGAGAUUCCGCCACCGCCACUGACAGCAUAUUCCAUUCAUUCCCAAGUGGUGUAUUGGGACGACACGUGGUUCUUCUUUUGCCAUCGCUUUGAAUGUCCUGUCACUGACACGUUCUUCGCCGAAGGACGCUCACCGCCGCACGGUCGAUUGGCACAAGUGUUGGCUCAACUUGGGCUGGACGGCACGCAGAAAACUCUCCCCAUGCCAGAUAUCGUCACAGGAUAUCUCGCUUGGGAUGCAGCGACGAAAGCGGCCAUGGAGUCCAAUGAAGACGACCGCCACGCACGAGCAAAGUUGGCAUAG